AUGGCUCUCAUCGACACCAAGCCAAAGGGCCAGCGUAAUCUGGCCGGCAUUGAGAACUACUCGAAGUUCUGGCAAAAGGACUCGAAGAACGAUGGUGACGUCGACAUGAACAACCGAAAGUCCGAGUACACCAGCGUCGUCAAUGGUUACUACGAUGGAGCUACCGACUUGUACGAGUACGGUUGGGGUCAGAACUUCCACUUUGCCCGCUACUACCCCGGGGAGGGUUUCCACCAGGCCCUCGCCCGCCACGAGCACUACCUCGCUCACUCUAUGCAGCUCAAGCCCAAGAUGAGGGUCUUGGAUGUUGGAUGUGGUGUUGGUGGACCAGCCAGGGAGAUUGCUCGCUUCGCCGGCGUCGAAAUUGUUGGACUGAACAACAACGAGUAUCAGAUUGCUCGUGCUGAAAAGUACACCAAGAAGGCUGGUCUGCAGGAUCAGGUCAGCUUUGUCAAGGGAGACUUCAUGAAGCUGGAGGAGCAGUUCGGACCCAACUCCUUCGAUGCCGUGUAUGCCAUCGAGGCCACCUGCCACGCUCCCGAGUGGGAGGGCGUGUAUGGUGAGAUCUACAAGGUGCUCAAGCCUGGUGGAAUCUUUGGCGUGUACGAGUGGUGCAUGACCGACGCCUUUGACGCCUCCAACCCGGAGCACAAGCGCAUCCAGCACGGAAUCGAGGUUGGAGACGGUAUCCCCGAGAUGAGGCCCAUUGCCGCUGCCCGCAAGGCUCUUAAGACGGUGGGCUUUGAGAUCUUGCAGGAGGCAGACUUGGCUGACCAGGGAGACAAGAUUCCUUGGUACUACCCACUGGCAGGUGACCUGAGGCAGUGCCAGACUGUCUGGGACCUCUUCAUGUGCUGGAGGAUGACUUGGGUGGGAGCUACCGUGACUCAGACCACUGUCAAGGUCCUCGAGACGGUGGGUCUUGCACCAAAGGGUACCCAUGACGUGGGUGAGCAGCUCAAGAUUGCCGCAGAGGCACUGGUCACUGGUGGUCAGGCAAAGCUCUUCACUCCCAUGAUGCACUUUGUCUGCAAGAAGAAGGAGGCUGCCAAGUAA